AUACUCUGCAGUCGCUUUAUAUUAAGGACAUGGUGACUGACUUUGAUGAAAAACAUGACGAAUACUUAAUAUCCCUUCAGCAGAGAAACCGGCUACUGGGACGUUUAAAAAGAAAGGAUCCUAUACAAAUCAAACUGGAGCAGUUAGAACAAGGAUUUUCUCUGUAUCUGAAUGGAGCUAAUUCAGAGCUGAGAAAUUACCGCAGAAAAAUCAACUCGUGUGGCUACAUUAAGAAUGAGACAAAGACCACCAGGACAAAUGCAACCCAGCUAGAAGAGAGUGAGUUGCCAGAACACAGCACACAGACUGCACCAAGCAAAAUACAACGCAGAGGUUGGCUUCAGAAAACUGUGGAGAUUAAAACAGAAAGGGGAGCUAAACUCUGCAUUAAGCCUCCUCUUCAGUAUUCUGAGGAUUUUGAACCUUAUGAAAGCUUGAGCAUGGAGACAAAUGGUGAUGAUCCUCUCCAUUACUCCCAGAAAUUGAGAAGAAGCUUGCAACUCAGUAUAGAAGAGAAAAGGAUGGAAGACGCCUCUCUUAGUGAUGAUUAUGACUCUGUUGAGGAGGAAGUGUUUUCAGAACCAUCUCCCACUGAGGAAACAAUUACAAGCUUUGGAGGCCUUCAGUUGCAUAGCAGUAAAUCACUGCAGAAAGAAGCUUCUGAACGUCAGGAUGCUGGGAGUUGCUCUGGCCUUGAUUCUGGUGCCCUUACUGUGGUGGAGUUCAACCAGGAUCAACGUAAAGUGAAGCUGCCACGAGUUCUCUCGGCGAAAAGAAAAGAUAAUGCUGAAAUGUACAUUCCUGUCAGACCAAUCGUGGUAAAAAAUAAAAUCACUCGGCCGCUCUCUGCUGAGUUCUUGCAGCAGGAAAGACAUGAAAGAAUUUGUUCUAGACCAUUAAGUCGCCCAGAACGACCGCUUUCAGCCACUCGAAAGAAUGUAUGUGAGAAGGACCCCGAUCUCUCAGUUUCAGCUGUGGUUAAAGCAAUGCAAAUUGAAAAUGAAGUCUUGCAGAGAGAUCUGCAAAGGCAGACAGUUUCCACAAGCCCUCACAAGAAGAAAGUUCCUGUUUCAUCUGUUGUUUCUGCAAUGGCUCAACCUCCAGAAAAAAGCCAGACAAGGGCUGCAGUCACAAAAGCUGUUGAGAGAAUUUGUCCUUUUGGAAGCAGACAACAGAAGAAACUUCUGAAAGUCCUUCCAGAGCCUGAGAGCCAUUCUGCCUGUGAUAAUGACACGUUCCUGUCUGAUGACAAAUCUGAAGUAGAUGACAUGUCGAGAGAUAAGAUGACAACCAGUAUGGAAGUACGUGACGCCAUUUAUGUGACUAUGGAACUUCUUUCUAACUGGGGAAAUCCAGUAAACGUGGGCCUGAGCGAGGUGGAAUUCUUUGAUUUAUACAAUGAAAAGAUAUUUGUGUCUCCUCAUGAUGUGGACAUUCGAAAUGCUGACAACCCCGGGGAUUUGUGCUGCUUGGUCAAUAAGAACUUAAAUACCACAAAAGAAAGCUUCCUUUGGAUGUGCGCUUUCCAUCCACCCAUCCAACUUUACUUUGUUAUCCGCAAUCCUACCCGGUCACGUGACUUUGGUAUAUCCAGGAUCAAGAUUUGGAAUUACAACACAGCAACUCCCUGUGACCUUGAUGUUGGAGCAAAGAAGGUGAAAUUAUAUGUUGAUGAGAACCUUGUGUUUGAUGGUGAAUUAAAGAGAGCCUCUGGAGAUCUCGCUGACCAUAGCACUACAAUUGACCUUACAGAUCACAAGCAAGAUAUCUCUGCGUAUUCUUCAAAUGAAAGGAAAGAAGUAAAUGCGCCUGCACUCAUGGAGAAGAAAGCAGACCUACACUCUAGAUGCUUACAGUCAAACAGUACUUCACUAAACUGGAAAUCUCUGCCAGAAGAAAAUCUUGAGCACAAGAUGAACUCAAUUAGCUUUACAAAGAAAAAUUUGUCUGAGUUAGAGGAUGAUCUAAAAGCAUUACCGUCUCAAGUUUGUGUAAAAGAUGCCAAAGAGAAUGCAACAGUACAAGCAGUUACGGAGCAUGUUCAAUCUGAUGAUGAACUUACUUUGAGCGAGCAAAUGGAAAAGCUAACGGGAAGAAAAUUGUCUGAUUCUACAGGUGCAAUUCCUUCUUGGUUACAGUCAUCUUCCCAAGUGACAGAGAAUAAUCAAGUUACUUCCAGUAAGCAGAAGCCUCCCUGGCUUGUUACAGAACAUUGUUCAGGUUUGAGAUUUCAAACACAGUCAGAUGGAAUAAUGAAAAACUUUUCAGAUCUGACUAAUGAGGAUGUCAAAAGUCAGAAAAGUGAGCUGGGAAGAUCCAGUAGUAGAAAUGCAAAUGGAGAUGAGAGAUCACAGAUGCUAACCAGAAAGGAUGGCGGUGUGGCCUUAGACAUUUCGGAGCAACUUUCUAGCAAAAAUUGCUGCAGCUCACAGUACCCUACAAGUGGAAGGAGAAGCGUCAGAUCUGUAAAAAAGGAGGGUUUAAACACUAUAAAUCUUGGAGAAGGUGAUUCCUCACUCAAAGAUGAAGACUUUUCUAUCAAGGACGUAGCAACCUCUAGAGCAAAGUGGCGCAAUGAACAAGAACACACUCUGCAGGAGUCGUGGAACUCCUUGGUAAAAUUUAAUUAUUCCCAUCGUGGCCGAAUCUCUAACAUGGAUUUUCAAGGGGAUAUCUUUGAUGAGUUUCUCCAUCAACAGAAAAUCAACCGGCCUGGAGAAUAUCAGCAAAUGAGAAAAGAGGGACUACAAACACUACCAAAAAGGCAAGAAGAAGAAAAUUCUGUGGAGGCAUAUGAUGGAAAUGAUUUUAAAAUUCCCGUUUUACCUUACGGACAGCACUUAGUGAUAGACAUUCAAACAACAUGGGGAGAUAGACAUUAUGUUGGUCUUAAUGGAAUUGAAGUUUUCAGUUCUAAAGGAGAGCCUGUUCAGAUUUCAAAAAUAACAGCUGAACCACCUGAUAUAAAUAUUUUACCAGCUUAUGGCAACGAUCCCAGAAUAAUAACCAACCUAAUUGAUGGGGUAAAUCGGACGCAGGAUGAUAUGCAUCUCUGGCUAGCACCAUUUACCCCUGGAAAACCUCACUUUAUCUUUAUUGACUUUGUGAAUUCCUGUCAAGUAGCUAUGAUUUGCAUCUUUAAAGGCGAAAUUGCGAAAGCUUCAGGAACCUUGUCUGGAGCUCCAGAGCACUUUGGGGAUACAAUAUUGUUCACUACUGAUGAUGAUAUUCUUGAAGCCAUAUACUGCUAUGAUGAAACAUAUGAUGGAGAAAUGGAAAAUGCCAGCUCCUUGAGAUACGAGGAAGAGCUAAAGAGGCCAACAACUGCUGAUAGGGAGGGAGAUGAAAGACCUUUUACACAAGCAGGGUUAAGGACAGAGGAUCAACAGGUCCAAGAGCCAAACCCUCUUUCUGAAUGUAUACCCAAGGAAUCCGGAAUAUUUGCAGGAAAAUCCUUGGAGAUGUUCAAACUUCCACUGGGCCUGCAACUGAAUUUUACCAUGACCUGGGGAGACUGUCAUUACCUUGGACUGACAGGACUUGAAGUGAUAGGAAAGAAUGGUCACGCAUUAAAAAUAAGCACAGAACAGAUUUCGGCUUCACCCAAAGACUUAAACGAUCUUCCAGAGUAUACAGGAGAUUCCAGAACAUUAGAAAAGUUAAUAGAUGGGACUAAUAUCACAGUAGAGGAUGACCAUAUGUGGCUCAUUCCCUUCUCUUUUGGAGAAGAUCAUCUGCUCACAAUCCAUUUUGAUAAAACUGAAAGUAUUGCAGGGCUUCGCUUUUGGAACUAUAAUAAAUCUCCAGAGGAUACCUUUAGAGGGGCUAAAGUAGUCCAUGUGUUACUGGAUGGUCACAGCAUCUCCCCACCAGAGGGCUUUCUUAUCCGCAAGGGACCAGGCAACUGCCAUUUUGACUUUGCCCAAGAAAUUCUCUUUCUUGACUAUCUGCAGCCCCAGCUGACGAACAAAGUACAAAGGAGAGCACCGUUAAUGCCAUGCGGUUUUGUUUUCCAGUUUCAGCUUCUGACAAGUUGGGGUGAUCCAUACUACAUUGGUUUGAACGGACUUGAGUUGUUCAAUGAACAUGGAGACCAAAUCUUACUAACUGAAAACAAUAUUGCUGCUUUUCCAGAUAGCGUCAACAUUUUAGAAGAUGUAUCUGGAGACAUCCGAACUCCAGACAAACUAAUUGACAGAGUCAAUGACACGACCGAUGGCAGACAUAUGUGGCUCGCACCAGUUCUUCCUGGUUUGGUGAAUAGGGUAUAUGUCAUUUUUGAUGUACCUACUACUGUGUCAAUGAUCAAGUUAUGGAAUUAUGCCAAAACACCUCAGAGAGGUGUGAAAGAAUUUGGUCUUCUAGUGGAUGACUUGCUUGUGUACAAUGGGAUUCUGGAUAUGGUGAACCACGUAGUAUCAGGCAUCCUACCAACCUGUGAUCCAGUGGUCCCGUAUCACACCAUUCUCUUUACAGACGACGAGAAGAUUUGCCAUCAGGAGAAGAGAACUGUUAUUAGCAAUCAUGUGGGUGAUCAGGAUGUACGAAUGAUGAAUGAAAAUGAGAUUGUCACAAACAGCAGAAGGAAGCAGGCUGUGGCUGAUCCAGCGUUGCGUCCAAAAACCUGCAUAUGUGAAAAAGGACUGCAGAGGAGGAAAAGAUAACAAGGGAUUGUGGUUGGAAAGUCCUGAAUACACCCAGCCCCAAAUACCUGCAGUCUAGCUCUUCAAGAUAUGUAUCAUCCAGAUGGAAGAUUUC